GGUCAUGAACUUCAUGCCUGAUCUUCAUUAAGUAUUGGACCAAUCGUAUGCGACGUAGAAGUCACGUGCCCUUCUGUCAGGGUUGCAAGUCAUCAAGUGAUAAGAAACAACGCAGAAAACGGAAGGAAAAGACGUCAGGUGGAUAUGUAUUGAGUGGUCUUUCAUAUACUUCUUUUGUUAAUUGUAGUUGAUAUACCCACAAGAAAUUUCAAGUUAUUCCCGUAAAUUAAGAUAGAUCUUCAAAUGGAGCGUGAUACAAAUCAAAUGUCCCAGAGUCCUUCUCUAUGUAGAUCUGGUUGUGGGUUUUAUGGUAGCCCCAAGACUGAUGGAUUGUGUUCGAAAUGUUAUAAAGAUGCUUUGAAAAGAAAAAACGCAAAUCCUGCUCCAUCACAAUUGAGUGGAGCUGGUCGCAAUAGCCCCAGUGCAUCAACUGCUACAAUAUCUACCAUCUCUGAAUGUGAGGAUAAAAGUAUUUUACCGAAAGAUGAUGAUUUAUCCACUGCAUCUCCCACAGUACCCGCUGUUGUUGUCACCCCACCUAGUCAAGACCAGAGCAAACCUGAGGCGUCAAAACAGUCCCUUCUCGAUGAAGCCUCACCAGCAAGUCCUGCUUCCUCAGAUAAAGGUGAUGGUAACUCUUCUCAACAGGAUGAUAUGGAAAAAGAUCAGAAGAAAAAGAAAAAUAGAUGCCACAUAUGCAAAAAGAAAGUAGGCCUAACUGGAUUCCCCUGUCGAUGUGAAGGUCUCUUCUGUAGUAUUCACAGAUACUCUAACGAACAUAAUUGUCAAUUCGAUUACAAACAGCUUGGUGCUCAAGAAAUCCGCAAAAACAAUCCUCUUGUUGUGGGUGAAAAAAUCAAGAAAAUUUAAAUGAAUUUAUAUAUGUAGCCAUUCAGUUAACACCUGACGUCUGAGGCACUUGGAGCUUCAACAUAUAUUGAGAAGAAAAAAAACAAUAAAUGAAACUUAUGGUUUCGAGGAAAAAGAAUCAUUUGUUUCUUCUUACCUUUUUUUAGGUUUGUUUAGUUGUUAAAUAUUUUCAAAUGUAUGGCUUACUUGUUUUUCUUUUCCUAAAAAGUUUAUUUUAGAAUUUUCUUUUGAAUAGUACUUCUUAGGAUAUAUUCUUUUUAAUCAGAUAUUUUGUUUUUCAUAUUUUAACAUUAAUAAGUUUUUGGUAUUUCUUUCAUUGCUACUUGUAAAAUAAAUGAAAGAGAAAUGUCA